CGGCUUCUAUGCACUUUCCAUUUAUUUUCUUCCACCAAAGCUCUUCACGUUCUCUCAACAACACCUGCCCCACACUGUACACAUAGAAAUCUGUGUCCAUAGAUACAACAUUCGGAUUAAGUUAAAUUGACGAGACAACUUUGCUUUAAAGAUAGAUAGAUCUCUCUUUUGUGAACUUAAUUACAGUUGAACCUGGAAGUAAACGUUUUUUUGUUGAGACAUGGCGGCAGGUUUUAUUAAAUUCCAAGUUAUCGAAAGGAGUAGGUAAACUAUCUAGGCACUGUUUUCUUUACGAAGUUAUUAUCUUUCAGUUAUAUUUACCAUUAUUAAGCUUGUUCAAUUCUUGGGUUAUCUUUAUAUUUUUUUUGAAGGUUUUUGGUUUCUUUGGAGGUUUUGGAGUCGUGAGGUUUUUUUCUUUUGUUUGUUGUUCGCUACCAAUAGAGGUGCUGUUGUCUUCUUGUUGAUAUCUGAGUUUGGCUGUUCAUAAUUGAGGAAUUUUUUCUUUCGUUGGAAGUCAUUUAGAGAGGUGGAGAUUAUUUUGUUAUGAGUAAUGGAUCAAGACACACAAGGAAACAAAGGAAUUAUUGGGAAUUUGGACCAAGUGCAUCGGGGAAGGAUUGUCAGUGUCAGUGAUUUGAGUGGAAAUUCAAGCACCUUGGAUAAUGGGGUUGCCAGAGAGACUUUAAAGGUAAUGAAUUCAGGAGAGAAGGUGGCUGCUGUGGUGGAAACUGGGGUUUUGAAUGCCAAUAUUGAGGGGUUGGGAUCCAGUGAGAGAGUGGCAAGUCAGGUAACAAGUGAUAGGAAAAGAAUUGAAGAGUCAAUGAAUGAAGGAACGGUCGCAAAUACAAUUAACAUGGUUAAUGGAGCUGUACUUGAGACUGUUAUUGUGAUGAAUUCAGGGGCGACUUCAAGUGUUGAUGGAGAAAAUAAGGAGUUGGGGGCAAAAGAUGAGGAGUUGGGGCUCAGAGGUGGAAUGAUAAAUGAAGAAACACGUCAUGGGCUUGGAGAUGGUGAGGUAUUAAAUCAAGUUGAGCGAGGAAGAGGUUGGUAUUCGAGUAAUUCUAGGGCUGUGCUUGAGACUCUGAUCGCGAUAGGUCCUGAAGAGAAUGCGGGAAUUAAUGGAGGAAACCAAAGAUUGGAACUCAGGGGCAAUGAGAUGAGGUUAAGCAAGGGAACAAUGGACGAGUCAGAGAAGGAAGUGAGCAAAGUGGGGAAGUCAUCGUGUGUGGUUGUUAUGACGAGUGACGGCGGUGGAACAGGAGGAGGACGUUUUAGGGAUAACCGUGACGGAGAAAGGGUUUGUAGGAUAUGUCACUUGAGUUCCGAGGGGUUGCUGGAAGCUACUGACGCAACUGCUACUGCCACAACCAAUUCCAUGGAUCUAAUUCAGAUUGGUUGUGGAUGUAAAGAUGAUCUUGGCAUUGCACAUGUGUAUUGUGCUGAAACAUGGUUUAAGCUAAAAGGAAACAGAAUCUGUGAAAUAUGUGGAGAGGCAGCAAUGAAUAUCAAGGGUGCUGGGGAGAACCCUUUUCUGGAAAGGAGAUUUAUCAGGAGCACUGGUUUCUCAUCAGAGAGCAGUGGAGGGUGUUGGCGGGGACAGCCCUUCUGUAACUUCCUGUUGGCUUGCUUGGUAAUAGCUUUUGUGCUUCCAUGGUUUUUUAGGGUGAAAAUGUUUUAGAAUUUAUUCCAUUGCCAUUCUUAUGCCUUCUCUUAGGAGUUGCUCCAUGUGAAUAUUCAUUGAACGAUCUUGUGGAGACUCUUUAGGUCUUCAUAAUUUAGCCUGAAAAUUUCAGGUUCCAGAUCUCCCAAGUCGCUACAUAGACAGCAAAGUUCUAUGUUGUGGAGACUAUUACUGAGUGCUCUCAUACACAUUUGUUUAUUAAUGGAAAGUCAGGUUGCGUGUUCCUUGUCUUUUA